GGAACAGGUUUCCCCCUGAAACACUCGAACACUCUGACCAACAGGCAACGAGGCAACGAGGUCUCAGCCCUGCCAGCCACACUGGACACACUGUCCAUCCACCAACUUGCUGCCCAAGGGGAGCUCAUCCAGCUGAAGGAGCACCUUCGGAAAGGUGAGAACCUGGUGAACAAACCCGACGAGAGAGGUUUCACCCCCCUCAUCUGGGCCGCCGCCUUUGGGGAGAUCGAGACGGUCCGGCACCUGCUGGAGUGGGGGGCUGAUCCCCACGCCCUGGCCAAGGAGAGGGAGAGUGCCCUGUCCCUGGCCAGCAUGGGGGGAUACACGGACAUUGUCACCCUGCUGCUGGAGAGGAACGUGGACAUCAACAUCUACGACUGGAACGGUGGCACCCCCCUGCUCUACGCCGUGCGCGGGAACCACGUCAAGUGUGUGGAGGCCCUGCUGGCUCACGGCGCUGACCUGACGGAGGAGGCGGAUUCCGGCUACACCCCCAUGGAUCUGGCCGUGGCCCUGGGCCACAAGAAAGUCCAACAGGUCAUCGAGAACCACAUCCUGAAGCUGUUCCAGAACAAGGGGCUGGAGUGACAUGGGGCUGCAGCCCCAGCUCUGCUCUGGGACCAGGAAACAGGCCAUGGCACGAUGCUGCAGGCAAGGGGCACGUGGAGGAAUCCAGGAAUCCCUGCCCUCCAUGGAUCCACGGCUCUCCCAGGGGUGGCACAGCCCCGGCGCUCACCCCCAGGGACGCUCAUUCCUCAGGGCAGCUGGGAAUGCCCCGUCCAGGCUCGGCUGCUCUGUGUAUCCCAGGAUCACAUUUUCGGAAUUAAACCCUAAAGCAGCCCCGUGGA